UAAUAAUAAUAAUAAUAAUAAUAAUAAUAAUAAUAAUAAUAAUAAUAAUCAUAAGCUGGCGAAGAGAGCCAGAAACGUUUAAAAAAGAGUGAAAGGAUGCCAGGGGGUCGUCGGGGCCUGGUAGCCCCUCAAAAUACGUUCUUGGAGAACAUUAUACGACGAAGCAGUAGUCAACCCGAUAGCAGCUUCCUGUUAGCCAAUGCUCAAAUCGUCGACUUUCCUAUCGUUUAUUGCAACGAGAGCUUUUGCAAAAUAUCUGGAUUUAAUCGUGCUGAGGUGAUGCAAAAGUCAUGUCGCUGCGGAUUCAUGUACGGUGACCUAACGGAUAAAGAAACAAUAGCAAGGAUCGAGGAGUGUUUAGAAGGUCAGAUCCACGAUCAAUUUGAGAUCCUGCUCUACAAGAAGAACAGUAACCCCCGAGAGACUCCACUAUGGCUGCUGUUACAAAUAGCACCGAUAAAGAACGAGCGAGAUUUGGUGGUGCUGUUUCUCUUGACAUUCCGGGAUAUAACGGCGCUAAAGCAACCGAUCGAGACGGACGACAACAAAGGCGGGCUAUCAAAGUUUGCCAAACUCGCGAGAUCUGUCACGAGAUCGAGGUCUGUCCUGGUCUCACAAUUCAGCUCUCAUAUACCGGUUGUCAAAGAUACUUUGCCCAUGACUACAAAACAAUCUCAUCUUGGUCAUAUGAUGUCAUUAAAUUCAGAUGUGAUGCCACAAUAUCGUCAAGAAGCGCCAAAAACUCCUCCGCACAUUUUACUUCAUUACUGUGCAUUCAAAGCGAUUUGGGACUGGAUAAUCCUUUGUCUGACAUUCUAUACAGCAAUUAUGGUGCCGUAUAAUGUGGCCUUCAAGAACAAAACCAGUGAAGAUGUUUCGUUGCUUGUAGUUGACAGCAUAGUUGACGUUAUAUUCUUCAUUGACAUUGUGCUCAACUUCCAUACGACUUUCGUCGGCGCCGGUGGCGAAGUCGUUUCCGAUCCUAAAGUAAUAAGAAUGAAUUAUUUGAAGUCAUGGUUCAUAAUAGAUCUACUAAGUUGUCUGCCCUACGACGUCUUCAAUGCCUUCGACCACGACGAAGACGGAAUAGGAAGUCUUUUUUCGGCUCUGAAAGUCGUGCGAUUGCUGCGAUUGGGACGAGUCGUGCGUAAACUGGAUCGUUACUUAGAGUACGGAGCAGCUAUGCUGAUUUUAUUGCUGUGCUUCUACAUGUUGGUUGCACACUGGCUUGCCUGUAUCUGGUACUCGAUAGGAAGGUCAGAUGCGGAUGGAGGCGUUCAAUACUCGUGGCUGUGGAAACUCGCGAACGUGACACAAUCACCUUACAGUUAUCUAUGGACUAACGCGAGCACAGUCCCAGAAUUGGUUGCUGGACCAUCAAGACGCACUAUGUACGUCACGGCGCUUUAUUUUACCAUGACUUGUAUGACUUCUGUUGGUUUUGGUAACGUCGCAGCUGAAACGGACAACGAAAAAAUUUUCACCAUUUGCAUGAUGAUCAUUGCCGCUCUUCUAUAUGCUACCAUCUUUGGACAUGUUACGACAAUAAUCCAGCAGAUGACCUCGGCAACUGCCAAGUACCACGACAUGCUCAACAACGUUAGAGAAUUCAUGAAGCUACAUGAGGUACCGAAAGCUCUUAGUGAACGAGUUAUGGACUACGUUGUAAGCACAUGGGCUAUGACUAAAGGACUGGAUACUGAUAAAGUACUUAAUUAUUGUCCAAAAGACAUGAAAGCCGAUAUUUGUGUUCAUUUAAAUCGUAAAGUCUUCAAUGAACAUCCAGCUUUUAGAUUGGCCUCAGAUGGUUGUUUGCGUGCCCUAGCGAUGCAUUUUACAAUGUCGCACAGCGCUCCGGGAGAUUUACUGUAUCACACUGGCGAAUCCAUAGACUCGCUGUGCUUUAUUGUUACCGGUAGCCUCGAGGUCAUCCAGGAUGACGAGGUCGUCGCGAUACUCGGCAAGGGCGACGUAUUCGGCGACAGUUUUUGGAAAGACUCCGCUGUUGGACAAAGUGCUGCUAAUGUACGCGCACUUACCUACUGCGAUCUCCACACCAUAAAGCGUGACAGAUUGCUCGAGGUUCUGGAUUUUUACCAAGCGUUCGCCAACUCGUUUGCUAGAAAUCUCGUACUGACUUACAACCUACGUCACCGGCUCAUAUUUCGAAAAGUCGCGGAUGUACGUCGUGAAAAAGAGCUUGCAGAAAGGAGGAAAAAUGAGCCUCAAUUGGACCAGACACAGGAUCACCUCGUGCGAAAAAUAUUCUCGAGGUUCAAGCCCGAUGAAGUAUCUCAUCAUGGCACACCGAGAACUACACCAGCUCGUAAGCCUCAGGACUCCGACGAGGAGCUGACAGUCAACGUCCUGCCACCGUGGCCCAGUUUUAGAUUCCGAAGAGAGCGACACGCGGCGGAUAUCGAGAAGGGCGACAGCAAGGAUAGCAAGGACACCGAGAGUUCUCAUACCAAAAAACCAUCCUCCGGAGAAGAGUCUUCAGCUCCGCGUCCUCGUGCGAGCAAAUGGGGUCGUCUUCUCGGAAGUUCGAGUUUGGAUUCUGGAAGCGAAGGUGGUACCGGUACCGACACAUUCAAAAGAACAUUAAGUGCUCGUGAUUCAAGACCAAGUUCUAGUGCUGGAACAAAUAAAGUAUUUCCAAAAUUAGGUAAAUUGAGUGGUACGAUUGAGGAAGUUGCUGACGCAGAGACAACAAAAGACCCUCCGCAAACAACGACAUUGACGGUAGAAUCAAAGCAAUUGUCACUUCGACGUCUUGAGAGUUACGACGGUGGUCUUAUAACAUCACAACCUGGGCAAGAUCGAGAAAUACUGGCAGCGGUACUCGAAGUUAAAGUUGAUCUUAAACUUGAGGUACAGCGAGUAAAUCAACGGUUAGCCAAGUUAGAAGACUUGUUACAAACUGUAAUGAGUAGACUCCCACCUCCUAGUUCUCAAAGUAGUGCUGCUGGUAGUUCCCAAGGUGGAAAUGACGCGGGUACGCAAACACCUUCUAUUUUGCCAGAUAAAUCAUUGCCACCUUUGGACCCUAUUCGUGAAUUUGGUGAAAGACUUCAAGUCAAAGAACUACCCACCCAUCAUCACCAUCACCAUCAUCACCAUCAUCAGCAGCAGCAAUCAUCCGACAGUAGAUCCAAGGACUCGUGCACAGAAAGACUGACUGGGGGUUCUGCUGACUACAAAUUAUCGUCAAGAGAGGUAAACAAAGAAUUAUUGGAGCGUCUCACCCAGGCGUCGACGUCACGAGAUGAUUCUUCAGCUCUUGGACCACUAAUUCUCCGUAAACGGCGUAGUAAAUCCCGCAAUAAAGGUGUCGCUCCUCUUGCGCCACUUGCUACGCAACCAAUUAGCCCGACCGAUGUGUCGGAAACAACGCAGAUGCUUGAUGCCGACGAGCGUGAAUCAGCAAGUGCGGAUAAAAGUGAACGUAAAAGACCACCGCCAAGACCUAGAGAAUAUUUGUGAAAAAUUGUUAAACUUAUAGCUUGGUGUUUUUAUUAAUUUAUUUUAGUAUUAUUAUUAUUAUUUUUUUUAAGGUGCUCACGUCGUACGGAAUUGAUUUAAAUUCGUGAGAUUUGACUGAUUGUUAUUAAACAAAUAAAUAUUUAUUAUUAAUUAUUAUUAUUAUUGAUAUGGUUUUAAAUUAAAUUAUAAAAAAAAAAAUAGAAAAGUAUUUAAUAAAAUAGCAACGACAUUUACCUAUUAAAUGCGUCUGCUAAUGCCUUCGCUGGAAACUGCUUGCUGCGAGCGUAGUUGCGAUUGAUUUUCAUUGGAGAUUUAAUAAGUUUUUAGUUACUAAUUACUGAUAUUAUAUUUUUAGUAAAACGACAAUGUGAAAAGAUAUUUACACGUAUAAUUUAUUCGGAUUAUCGUUAUUUAAAAAUAUAAUGAUAGUAAUUAAUUAUAUUCAUAGGUCGUAUUUAUUCGUAAGAUUGUUUUUAGGAACUUAAGAUAAGUAUGGAUCUGGAAUAAUUGAGUAAUAAAUUGUUCACGUAGUAGAGUAAAAAAUACAAGCGCAAUAGAUAGUAUUGGUGAUAAUUGAUUAUGAAUGAUUAUAAAUAUUAAAAAAUAUCCGUGAAUAUAAGAUUAAUUUUAAUGAUUUUAAAAUCGAAGUAUUUCCACGAGAUUGAUAAAAGAACUUGAUUCUUACUGUGAUGUUCAGAGGGAUACCCGUUGUGAUGGAAAAAAAAAAUAUUUUUUUUCAGUUCAAAGUUUAUACCUUCAAAAAUAUGUUUAAAAAAAAUUACAAUUGAUCGAUUUUUUUUAUCUGAUUUUGCUUAAAUUGUACAGAGGACAAUGAUUAGUGUCAAUUGUAUUACGAGAGACAAUGAAAAAAAUAAUAAUAUAUACAAUAUAUAUAUAAUUAUAUAUAUAUAAAAUUGUAUCGUCGCAUUACUUCGCGUCGUUGCGUUCAAUUUAAGUUUAACAGAAGUUUAUUUAACCGUUAAUAAAUCAUUUCUUUAAUAUUUUUUGUUCUUCAAUAUUGUUAUUAUAAAUAAUCGUAUUUUUUAAUAAAGUAUCAUGUUUGAAAGUAAUUAGAAUUGAACAACGCGAAUUGAUGAAUAAAUAACGACGCCAAACAGCAAUAUUUAUAUUAGAUGUAUAUAAUAUGCAUAAUGUAAUUAUUAAAAUAAUAAAUUUUAAGUAAAAAAAGAUAACAUUUGUACAUAAAAAGAAUGAAGUCAGUGUCCGGAAACCCUACUCCGAGGAAUUAAAAAAAAUACUAGUCUUCUCUGAGUCGGCAAUAACUGGGGGUUUCUUAUUCUGUAGAUCACACCAUGCCUAAGAGCUGACGUUUGAGUUCCGAAGGAUCCACGAGCGAAGAACUAAAGGAGACUAUAAGUUUCCUCAAACUCAGAGCGCUGUUUUAUAAAAAAUAUUUGGAACGUCUAUUAAUAUUAAAUGACGUGGAUUACAAGUACUUGCGAAAAGAAAAAGCGAUAAAUAUAAUUUUAACGCCACUUAGUGAAAAAUGUAAGCAUCAUUUUUAUUGUCAAAAUCUUAAUCAAGCUCUAAUAAAAUUAAAACUGUAUAUAUAUGUAUAGAGAGUAUGAAAUAGUUGACUGGCGUAAUAUGUUGUGUAUACGUGUGUGUCUUUUUAUAAUGCCUAAGAAAAAUAAGAGAAGAAAACAAAUAACAAUAUUCAUAAAAAUAAAAAUAAAUACAUAAUAUAUAUAAAUGAAUAUAACAUAUUAAAUUAUUAUCUAAAAAUGAAAAAAUGCCUACGUAAUUCAAUCAUAGAGUUUACGUAUAGUAUAUAUUUAAUAAAUGUAUAGUUUGCUUUAAUAUUACUCUCUUAAUAUUUUUAUCAUAACAGCACACAUACAUACACACACGUAUACAUUGACAAUAUAUAUUUAAAAAAUACCAAAUAUUAGGCUAUGAAAGAGUGAUGUAAAUGAGAGAAUAAGAGACAAAGAUAAAUUAUUUGAUGUUAUUGAAAUUAUCAUAAGAACAAAUAUGGAGAUUGUUAAUUAGGUGUUAAAAGAAUGAAAAUUCAAUAAAAAGCUCUGGACUCUAUUUGCAGAGCGAAAAAUUUUUUCUGAAGUGUUACUUUGAUGAAGUACAGUGAAUUUUCUUCUUUAUAUGCUAUUGUUAUUAAAAUUUUGGAACUUUUUAGUAUCAAAAAGCAAGAAGAAACUGAGUAAUUAAUGAUUGCAAAGUAGAUAUUGAUAAGUACAAUUAUCGAAUGAAGCGUAAACAAAUAGAGUCCAGGUCUCUAUAAGUAGUUAACAAAUGUACGAAAGUUUAAAAGAUGUUGAUAAAUUUUUUGGAGUUUUCAGUAUCGUUGACAAAAUGUCACAUUAAAAAUAUGUGUAUUUUAAUUAUAAAUACUACACAUUUUUUUAUAGACACCGACGAUUACUAUAAAUAAUAAUAAAAAAUAAAAAUAAGACCGCCCUUCGUGCAAGCUCGUUUAACUGCCUUCCUUCUCACUCAAAUUGCUUCGAAAACAAUGUGCAAACUUUAGGAUAAUAUUAUUUUUGCAUCGCUUAAAACAGCUAAUGAGAAUAACAAAACGACAAAGUUACAAAAAAAAUUAAUAAAUAAUUUCAUAAAUCAAUCAAUCAAUUAUUUAAUGAGUGAAUUAAUUAAUUUAAAGAAAGAAAAAAAGAAAAUAUACGGAUUUAGUUAUUGUGUAUGAUAUUGAAAGACAGAGCUAUGAAACGGGUCUAAUUGAAGUUAAUUAUGACAAACAAUGAAGCGACAGUACAUUAAGAACAAGAUUAAUAAAAAAUAAACAUAAAUAUAAAUAAAAAUGAAUUAAAUAAAUAUAUAUUGAACAAAUAUAUAAUAAAUGAACAAACAUUGUUAUAAGAAUCGUGAAAGGGUGUAAAAUUUUGCUAUCACAACUGUUCGUCCAACUUUUUACUUGGGCUGUGCGCGAUGUUGCGAAAAAAUUCUCGUCAUUUAAAUGAUAAUUAAUAUAAAUAAAUAAAUAAAAUCCCUUGACGUAAAUUGCUCUUCUUACUGAAGAUGAAGUUUUAUUUUUCACGCUGAAUAAAACAAAACAAUUAUAUAAUACAUGAAAAAUAAAGUGAAUAACUGUGCAAUUAUCGGAGCUCAUUUGCAUUUCAUUUUUACGACGUAUUAUUUUAAGAAAUUAUAAAUAAAAUAAUGAAAUGUAUUAAUUUUUAAUAAAAUCAAGGGAUACCUUCUAGUCUUGGCUUUCCAACGUGUAUAUUUACUAUUUAUACAAAAUAAUCUGAAAUAAAGUUUAUGUACGUUUAUCGUACAUAUCUCAUAAACAAA